AUGGCGGCUACAGUGGUGUUCAAUGACAGUGAGACUGAUGACGGUGGUGAGGGAGAAGCGGUCAGAUUCUGCAUAAAUGCAAAUGACCUAGGGUUUUGCAGAGGUGCCAUUGGAUCACCCUCUCGUCAAACUGUCAAACUACUCAAGCUUCUUCUCUUUGCAUUCCGAAAUGGAGAUGGAGCUCUCGAGCUUCGUUCAAUCGCAAACAAUAAUGAUGUCUGGUACGUAGCUUGGUCGGGUUCGGCAUCCUCUAGCUCUUCUGCCAUCGAGAUUGCUCAGCAAUUUGCAGAAUGCCUUCAUCUACCAGAUCAUACAACUGUUCGAGUGAGAGCAAUUCCUAGUCUUCCCAAAGCCAAAAGUGUGACUAUUGAACCUGAUACUGAGGAUGAUUGGGAAGUUCUAGAGCUAAAUGCAGAGCAUGCAGAGGCAGCCAUCUUGAAGCAGGCUGGAAUAGUCCAUGAAGGCAUGAGAUUUCCUUUGUGGUUGCAUGGGCACACAACCAUUACAUUUUCUGUAGUCUCAACUGAUCCACAGGAACCAAUGGUGCAACUUGUGCCAGGGACUGAAGUAUGUGUUGCUCCAAAGAGACGCAGAAAAUCUGAAAACUCAGUUGUAAAGGCAUUACUGCGUAUCCAAGAUGGAGACAGUAGAUUUUUUCAUAAACUUCGGGUGAAGGAUACUGAGAUGGGGGUGGUUCUUACUUCUGCUGUCUUUAUUCAUCCAGAAACAGCUAAAGUUUCUUCCCUAGAUUCUCUUCAAACUAUAGUUUUAGAGCAAAGACAGGCUGUUGUUCGUCUUCUAAUAUCAGAUUCAGUGGCUAAAGGACAUGUCAUGCUUUCUCAAUCCUUACGAUUUUAUCUGAGAGCAGGCUUACAUUCUUGGGUACAUGUGAGAAGUUGCAAUAUUGUUCUACAAAAAGAUCCUCUUUCGUUUGUUAUUUCUCCUUGUCAAUUUAAGAUGUUUAAAAAGAAGGUCUCUGAAAGUAAUGGUUUUGGAAAUCUUCAUGGACACAAGAAUCAUCCCACAGAGAAAAUGUUUCUGAAGACAAAUCCAGAUACCCAAUAUGACUUGUCUGAUUGGUCAACCCAUGAGAAGGUUAUUGCAGCUCUUUCAGAUGAUACAUCAGGUCAUCAGGAUGAAGGAACUUCUGUUAGCCCCACAAGUAAUAAAGGGUUAUUGGUUCUUCUGCAUGCAUGGAUUUUGGCUCAACUUGAUGCCAUUAUGUCUUUUUCCAAAACCGAACUAAAUUCAAUGGUUUUGGGAAAUAAGAUGUUGCUUCACUUUCAGGAUUCUAUGCAAGGUGGAGUAGCUUAUGAGAUUGAGUUUUCUGAAGGAAACAAGAAGACCAUGAAUAAGAAAAGCUUAGAUUUCUUUCUUCAAAAAUUGGAAAAGGGUGAUGGUUUACCUCUUCAUACAGUCAAAGAAAGAAUAUCUGACAAGCGUUCUACCUUGGAGAUUUCUUCCUUAAGCUGGAUGGGCACAACAGCUGCUGAUGUGACUAAUAGGUUAAUGGUGUUACUGUCACCUUCCUCUGGGAUAUUCUUAAGUACUUACAAUCUUCCUUUCCCUGGGCAUGUGUUGAUUUAUGGACCUCCAGGUUCUGGGAAGACAUUAUUAGCCACAACUGUUGCAAAAACUAUUGAAGAACAUGAAGAUGUCUUGGCACACAUAGUGUAUGUAGGUUGUUCUAAACUUGCUUCGAGUAAGUCCCAAGCUAUCCAUCAAGCCCUUUCUAGUUACAUAUCUGAAGCCUUGGAUCAUGCUCCUUCCCUUGUGGUACUUGAUGAUCUUGAUAGCAUUAUAGCAUCACCUAAUACCUCAGAAGAUAAUCACUCGUCACCUUCUUCUACUUUGCUCAUGGAAUUUCUCAUAGGCAUCUUGGAUGAAUAUGAGGUAAAGAGGAAGCAUUCAUGUGGAAUUGGUCCCAUUGCAUUCAUAGCUUGUGUUCAGACCCUAACCAGUAUUCCACAAACCUUAAGUUCCUCUGGCAGGUUUGACUUUCAUGUCCAACUGGCUGCUCCUGCAGCUGCUGAACGUGGGGCUUUACUUAAAUAUGAGAUUCAAAAGCGUUCUUUGUCCUGUUCUGAUGAUGUUUUGUUAGAUAUAGCUUCCUCAUGUGAUGGAUAUGAUGCGUAUGAUCUGGAAAUCCUGGUGGAUAGGUCAGUUCAUGCUGCAAUUGGUCGGUUUGUGUCACGUGGGUUGACUUUUGGGAGCGAGAAAAACCCUAAUUUGACUAAGGAUGAUUUUGUACAAGCAAUGAAAGGGUUUCUGCCUAUUGCUAUGCGUGAUAUUACUAAAUCUGCUUCUGAAGAAGGGCAUGGAGGCUGGCAGGAUGUUGGUGGUCUAAUUGAAAUUCGCAAUUCUAUCAAAGAGAUGAUUGAAUUACCUUCAAAGUUUCCAAUGAUCUUUUCACAAGCUCCUUUACGGUUGAGGUCUAAUGUUCUGUUAUAUGGGCCCCCGGGUUGUGGUAAAACACAUAUUGUUGGUGCUGCUGCUGCUGCAUGUUCACUACGCUUCAUCUCUGUCAAAGGUCCCGAGCUGUUGAAUAAAUACAUUGGUGCUUCUGAGCAAGCUGUACGUGAUAUAUUUUCAAAAGCAGCAGCUGCAGCACCAUGCCUCCUCUUUUUUGAUGAAUUUGACUCCAUUGCUCCAAAAAGGGGUCAUGAUAACACUGGUGUGACCGAUCGAGUUGUUAAUCAAUUUCUAACAGAGUUAGAUGGCGUUGAGGUGCUGACUGGAGUUUUUGUAUUUGCUGCCACCAGUAGACCUGAUCUACUGGAUGCUGCCCUGCUGCGACCCGGAAGAUUAGAUCGUCUGCUUUUCUGUGAUUUCCCAUCACCACAAGAGAGAUUGGAUAUUCUUAAAGUUCUUUCUAAAAAGUUACCGAUGGCAAAUGAUGUGAAGUUGGAAGGCAUAGCUCGAAAAACAGAAGGAUUUAGUGGAGCAGAUCUCCAAGCUCUGUUAUCAGAUGCACAGCUGGCAGCUGUUCAUGAUCUUCUCAAGAGUGAAGACGCUCACAAGCCUGGAAAUAAACCGGUGAUCACCAAUGCACUCUUGAACUCGAUUGCCUCCAAUGCACGACCUUCAGUUUCAGAAGCAGAAAAACACAGAUUAUACAACAUUUAUGGCCAAUUCUUGGAUGCUAAACGAUCUGCUUCUGCACAGUCGAGAGAUGCCAAAGGGAAAAGAGCAACACUUGCAUAAUGAAUCGGUUGCUUUGCUUUACGACUUCUAUAUGUGUAUCAGUGUACAGGUAAGAUUAGAUUUCUUUCAUUAUAUGAAUACUUAUUUUCAAAUUGAUUGUACCGCACUUUGAUAGAUCAUAAUAAACUUUCGAUUCUCAUUUUUUUAUACAGAAAUGUAAUCAUAAAUAUCAUGAGAGGCGUUGGAUUUUAUAAUUUUAAAUCUGCAUUGUGUAUGUUAUUAGUAAAAUGAGGUAAAGGUUAUUCCAAUGUAGGCGCUUCAACAUGAGACUUCACUAAUAUUAUUGAG